UUCCUCUAGCACAGAGUUGCCCCUCCUUCCACCAGUGAAGCCUGCAGUCUAGAGGGUAGGGAGUGGGAGCUUUCUUGCCAAUCCACAGUUUAGCUCUGCUAUAUCCAAGCUCAAGACACUGCAGUCCUUCCCUAAGCCAGAAAAGAAAAAAAGAUUCUGGAUUCUUCAACCAAGGGGGAAAAAAACAACCAAACAUAUAAAACAACAACAUUUGGAGUCUUAAGUGAUGGCAGCGAUUCGGAAGAAGUUGGUUAUUGUCGGAGAUGGUGCGUGUGGAAAGACCUGUCUACUCAUUGUAUUCAGCAAGGAUCAAUUCCCAGAAGUCUAUGUCCCAACCGUCUUUGAAAACUACAUUGCAGAUAUUGAAGUAGAUGGAAAACAGGUGGAACUGGCUCUGUGGGACACGGCCGGGCAGGAGGAUUAUGACAGACUGCGCCCUCUCUCCUACCCCGACACAGACGUGAUCCUGAUGUGCUUCUCCAUUGACAGCCCAGAUAGUUUAGAGAACAUUCCUGAGAAAUGGACCCCAGAAGUGAAGCAUUUCUGCCCUAAUGUGCCCAUCAUCCUAGUUGGUAACAAGAAGGAUUUGAGAAAUGAUGAGCAUACACGGAGGGAACUGACAAAGAUGAAGCAGGAGCCAGUUAAACCAGAAGAUGGAAGAGAAAUGGCCAACAGGAUCAAUGCCUUUGGAUAUCUGGAAUGUUCUGCCAAAACAAAAGACGGAGUGCGGGAAGUUUUUGAAAUGGCCACACGGGCCGCCUUACAAGUCCGAAAACACAGGAAGAAGCAGCGUUGCACUGUCCUUUAAGAAGGUUCUAGGGCCUAUUCAGAAAGACCAAGAGAAGAACAAAGUGGGUAGCUCAGUUUGCUGCUGCACCACCUGCUGUCCAAUGCCAGAGACUUCAGUAGCAAA